AUGUGCUCCUCCGGCAUCUGGGCUAGCGAUAUCCCGACCCAGAAGGCAUGGGAUUUCCGCGACAUUCAUGGUCCCAAUGUAACGCCCCGGUCAGAGCUUGAAAGACACAGGGGGCCCAUUCUUCCCGAGGACAAGCGGUCGAUCGGGAUCGUCCAAGGCGUGCAGGGGUACCGAUGGCUGACAUUUACCAUCCACGGGAAAGGUGCGCACACGGGAACGACGCCUCUGAGUGCGCGACAUGACCCGGUGCUUGCUGUGUCUAGAAUGAUCGCGGCCUCGAAUGAUAUUGCCAAGCGGCAUGGUGCGCUCGCUUCAACAGGGAUCAUCAAAGUGCCGCCCAAUGCAUCUACUGAUCUACUGACUGUUGCUUCGGAAGUGACCUUCACACUUGAUAUCGGGCACCCCCAGGACAGCGUCGUGCAUGCCGUGCAAGGAGAAUGUCUGCGGUCAUUUGCACAGAUUUCUUCUCACGACGGCAAGGGCGGCCGUUGA